AUGUCUUCACCAAUUGGAUGCUUUCACACCGACCCAAAGCGCUUGGGUCCAAUUCCUCCUAAUUGCAAACUUCCAGCAGCAAAGUUUUUAAAACAAACAUACAAGUUCUAUGAUUAUCGUCAGACUCCCGUCAACAUUGUCCGCAAGAAAACCAGUGCCCAGGAUUGCCCAAUAUGCGUUUGCUAUGGAGUACGGACUAUGAUGCUCGAUUUUCGUUCUAAUCCCAAAUACCCAAAAAAGACCUCCCGAGAUGCCGUAAACGAACCGUUGUAUCAAAAUGGGUUUGCCUCAUAUCAUUUACCAGCCGCUGCCGUGAGCGUUCAGACACCCUAUACAGGGAUGCCGUUUACGUUUGAUGUGGAAAAGGGCCAAAACGGAGAAGCGUAUCAUGCGCUCAUCUGCUCCCUUUUGACUGGCAAUGCUGGUCAGAUAAUACGUAUCAACAUUGGCAAGGCCUCGCAGCCCGCUACUGUGGAACAGCAGAACCUUCUUUACUACUAUGUUUCACAGAAGGCUAUUGUCGAUACUCCAAGAGGAGGCGAUUCAAAGGACAAUGCGACUAAGUGUAUAGCCCGUGUGUUUGAGCAAAAUUCCGAAUCGCAGGCCCAAAUCUUUCAGUCUCUAAGAGAUUACCUCAAUGAUUCGCAGCUUCAAACCGCACCAGCCGAGGACACCCCAACCGGGGGAUACCCCUACGCCUCUCAGGCAUAUGCAGCAAAAUAUUGGAUAAAUCGAUAUCUUUCUCUGACAGAACAAGGGAAGUCGAAGCUACCGAAGCUGGCAGACGUGGGAAAGAUAGCUCUCUUGUUGGUCCGCCGGGCCCAGAAAGCCGGAGAUGGCCGUUCAAUGGAUGAAGGAAAUAUCAAAACUUGCCUGAAAUCAAUACGCGCAGCGAACCAGGCCAUGGCUGCCAAUGGCUAUGAAGUUUUCAAUUAUAUCAUAUUUUACGGUGAUUUUGAUCGAAAGCAAGCUCUUACUCUCGUUGAGUGGGCAAAAAAGUCCGGCCUCAGCGCCCUCUAUAUCACCUCGCCCUUCAAGGAGCUCAAUUCGAAAAACGUUUUGGAUCAACAGAUCGAUGCGUUUUGGGCCAAUUUCAAGGGAUCUCGAAAUUCUGCUUUUGAAUAUAUUCCCGAGGGUGUGCCGCUCGAAGUUAAAUUGUUCGGAUUCUUCCUUGCGCUCCAGGCUCGAUACGGUUCAAAGUUAUGUUAUAUUGGCUUCAGAUCCGGCACACUCGAUGGACCUGGGUUUAUCGGAAGCCCGAUCUUCUACCUUGAUGAUACGCUCACGAAGGGUGCAUGGAAUGAUUUUGCCAGUGGUAAUUAUCUCUGGGACGGCACUGACCGGACGCUGCAAAAGCCCGAGCGUAUGAUGUUUAUGACACGAACGACAAAUACAUUUAUCCGCAUCAACAUCAAGGGCAGUGAUAGAAACCUCAUCGAACUUGACGACGACGCGGCAAAGCAGUUAGGCAGUGCGUUAUACCUUUACAUGGCAUCCUUGCCAGCCAAUGAUCCGUAUUGGACACAGAGGAUUGCUUUGAUGAACAAUCCAAAUCCCCAACAGAAUGAACUGAAGCAAAUGUUUGAUUAUUUUCAUGGCAUGUGGAGAACAGUGAAAUAA